AGUUUGAAGCGGAUUUAUGGAUUAGAUUACAACACCGGCGACAUUAGAAACAUAACACCGACGGACUCUUAAACCCUUUUUGUUGUCGUUUAACUCAAAACCCUCGACGACGUUGUGUCAUAAAGUGCUAAAACGCGGGAAAGGGCGCCAUUAGGGAGACGCUGCAUACGGUUUCCUUGACAACGUGAGAAAAGAUGACACAAUUGAUGGAGCGAAUGGCGAACGCCACGUCAAAAAGCCGCCGACGUUCAACUCGAGCCGUGCGGCGAGUCAGCAUUGUGCGGUCGGGUCUCGAAAGAUCAGUCCAAACGCUCGAAAACGGCUGCCGGCGAUGUGGAGAUUUCUGCUUUGAAAAGAGCUGGCGGUCAGGUCACCGAGUUCAGCGCAUCACAUGACCGCCACGUGCGUGUUGUCGCGCAGCAGCGCCUCGUCAUGAGCGAGUCGAGCGGGGAAGACGGGAAGUGGCUGGACGCCCACUACGACCCGGUGGCGGGCCUGCGCACCUUCACUUCCUGCGUAGCCCUGGCCGACCUGAGCGGGGACGGGGACGGCCGCCUGGUGGUGGCCGACCUGGGCGGCGGCGGCGGCGGCGGCUCGGCGGCCAUGAAGCUGAAGGUGUACCGCGGGACGGCGCUGACCAGCGAGAGCGUCCUGCUGGACCUUCCGUGCGGCCUGGUCUCCUUCUUCAUGGACCUGCAUGAGCCGCGCGUUCCCGCCGUGGCCGUGGCGUCCGGACCUUGCGUUUACGUCUACAAGAACCUCAGACCCUACUUCAAGUUCACGCUGCCCGGGCUCGACGUCAACACGCUUGAGCAGGAUGUGUGGCAGCAGGCCAGGGAGGGGCACAUUGACCCCCCCGCCCUCAAGGAGAUGCUGGAGAGCGUCAGGAAGAAGGCUGACGUGCCGUUAUCCGGGCGCUCUCUCCACUUCCUGUCUCUGGAUGCCGAGCACCUGGAAGACUUUGUCCGGCUGCACAAACAGCAACCAAUCAAACGACAGGUAUGCACGCACACACGCACGUGCGCACGCAGCUCGACGUUGUGUUUGCGGCCUCCAGACCGUCAUCACGUGCGUGGCGACCCUGAAGAAAAGCACGGCGGACGAGGACGGCGUCAGCUGCCUGGUGAUCGGCACGGAGAGCGGACAUCUUUACGUGCUCGACCCCGAGGCCUUCGUCGUCCUCGCAAAGAUGGCGCUGCCGGCCGCGCCCACCACGAUGGACGUGACGGGUCAGUUCGACGUGGAGUUCCGGAUCACGGCGGCGUGUCGGAACGGGAACAUCUACAUCCUGCGCAGGUCAGCCUCCGGGUAGGGACGGGUUUGCCGGUCCCGGCGCGUUUUCAGCUCUUUGCGUCUGCUCCAAGGGACUCGGACAAAGCCAAGUACUGCGUGGAGCUGUCGUCGCAUCCCGUCGGCCUGCUGAGAGUCGGCAAGAACGUGGUGGUGGGAACGGUGGACCGGAACCUGCAGGGAUUCACGCAGAAGGGUAAGAAGCUGUGGAAGGUGGUCCUCCCGGCCCCCAUCUGUACCAUGGCCACCAUGGACCUCCCUGCUCGAGGCUUCCAGGCGGUUCUGGUGGGUCUGGCCAACUGCGAGGUCCAGCUGUACCGGGACAAGAACCUGGUGAGCGCCAUCAAGACUCCGAACGCGGUGAGCGCCAUCUGCUUCGGGCGCUACGGGCGCGAGGACGGGACCCUCGUCAUGACCAUGAAGGGCGGCGGCCUGAUGGUGAAAAUCCUCAAGAGGACGGCGGAGUUCCGAGAGCGGGACACCACUCCGGGACCCCCGGCCGCCCAGAGCGUCCGCCUCAACGUGCCCAAGAAGACCAAACUGUACGUGGACCAGACCCUGAGGGAGCGCGAGAACGGCCCCGCCAUGCACCGGGCCUUCCAGAUGGACCUGGUCCGCCUGCGACUGGCGGCGGCCCAGGCCUACGCCAAGGCCCUGGAGUGCAGUCUGAGCCCCGUUUCGUCCGGUCCCGGGCGGUCGCUCAAGAUGAACGCCGUGGUCCAGGGUCUGGGCCCAUCCUUCAAGCUCACGCUCAACGUGCAAAACACGGCGGCGUGCCGACCGGUCCUCAAGCUGGCCGUCAGCUUCGCGUACGACGACGCCUUGUACAGGGUGAGAAACCCGUUCAUGAAGAUCCCCAUGCUGGUGCCCGGACUGGUCUACCCGGUGCAGACCCUGGUGGAGUGCACCAGCGACAAAGGCAUCUCUGACAUCAUUAAGGUUUUCGUGCUGCACGAGGAGCAGAGCACGCCGCUGCUCACCGCGCACAUCAACAUGCCCGUCAGCGAGGGAAGCAACUGAGACGCUUCACUUCGUUCACCUUUGCUUCGCUCAGCUCCGUUGAGCUUUCAAGGGUGGACGGCGGCGGGAAGUGUUUGUGCGGCGAGGAAGGCGACGCCGUGACCUCGAGCGGAAAAGUAGGCGCAUUGUUGACAGUUAGCAUUCCGGGACUCCAACAAGAUCGGUUUAGAUCAUCGCUCCUCAACUGUUGUCACCCUGGGACCCGCGUUAUCUGUUGUCGCCGCCCACUUUUACGGGAGUUAAGAACAAUAAAGAACGCUUAUGGUUCCAAAAUAGCAGUAUAUCAAAUGUUUAAACAAGAUAACAGCAUGUACAAAAGUGCAGACCUUGGUUUUUCUUUGGUGGGAAAGAAUGCAGAGCGAAGCAACUGCCACAUUUGCCGCAGUCUGGGAUGAUUACGUGAUAAAAACACCCGACCUUUUUUAUGCGGCCGCUCCGACUUGCACGGACACUCCGUAAUCAUGUUCUGAGUUCUGAGUUCUAUUUUCCAAAUAAAAGGCUCGUUUGGGA